AUGGCUCGAACUAAUAGCGCACUCAUGAUGAGCAUGGGCGUUGUUAACAUGUGGGGGUUCUCACCCGCUUAUGAUGUGUGUAGUGGCUUAUCAGAGAGAUAUCAGGACGAAAGCUCGACUUAUGCCAUGGCCAUUUCGAAUAUUGACAACAAGCAGGAGAAAGUAUCCUCUCAACCUAUAAAUGUGCUGCUAGCGGGACCUGGAGACGUGCGCCACAUCUUAGCGACAAUCUCGCGUCGAUCUCGAUGGCAACCAUCUUUGAAAAACCGACCGGUGCACAUUUACAUAUUUGAAACGGCUAUUGAGACGCUGUCACGCGAUUUAUUAUUAAUUCAAAUAGCGCUUGAUACAAAUCUCCCGUUGCGUCAGCGUAGCAACUUGUUUCUGGAAAUAUUUGGCAAUACCUGCGUACAAAAGAAGACUUGUGCAUACAUUGAAGAUCAAGCAAAGCUUUUGAUUGAUUUUGUCUACAAUGACCGCGGCCCAUUGGCGGGUCUAGUUGACCUCUCUCAUCUAAAAAUGCGAACUCAUGACGAACUCAUUGACUCUUUUCGAAGUUGGUUUCAAAGCGUAAAAUUUGACGUAAACUCACUCCGAGAUCAUCGUCUUCGCCAUUAUUACGAAACUCGAUUCGACUACCGCGACAAUCUCAUUGACUGGGAUUACACGAUGAAACUAAGAAAAAUUGAGAAUGGUAGUUUGAUUCACAUUCGCCAGUACCGUGAUUGGAGAAACACAGGUGUGGCAUUCGAGUUUGGUGACCAAACAUAUACCAUGCCAAAUCGCACAAUGGCAGCAUACAUCGAGGCAAAGAAAAGGCAUCACGGCUCUGUACUGUGUAGAGGCUUGUGGACAGAUAUUAUCAUGAGCCCAUACAUUUCGUUUGGGGUGUAUUGCGAGAAGCCCAACAGAUUCGUGGAACAACUAUUUGAAGUUCACAACAAGGGCACUGGGGUCGAGCAAAAUCGCCACAAUACAGUUGAAGUUGCCGUGUACAAUAUUCUGUCGUAUCUGUAUGAGAUCGAGACAGGAAAAAUGUAUCAGAUGGAAAAGGAGCACGAUAUCUUUAGUGGAAUUGGCGGCGCAGAAAAUACGCAAGCUGGUACAACAUCAAGUGACGAAGAUAUAUCUCGAGUUGAAGAGCUGGAUGAGGAGGUCAACUUAUCAAAAGAUAAUUUUAAAAAACAUUGCGGGCAAGAGUCAGGAGAACGUUGUCCAAAGAGUAUGAAGAAAAUGUUGCAAGGCGUGAAGGUCGUGCCACUCUCAGGAAAUUUAGACGAGCUAUUCACAAAAAAGCGCUAUGCCGACUUUUUUGAAUACGUAUUCAUCUCGUCGCAUCUUUGCCAUUCUCUCCAACCUUCCGAAGAUGCUCAGAAACAAGCGACCGCAACGAUAUCGAACACGUUAAGAACCGGUGCGACAGUUGACAUCGAGUCUUCUACUUUUAUGCUGCCUCUCAAUGCAGAGCAAAAAGCUCUCUAUGUGACAAAGGUACAAACAUGGACUGCGAGCCAUUCAUUGCAACCCAUGUUUGGCUGCAAAACCGACCCUUCCUGUGAAGAUAUGAAUCUGAUCAAUAAUUCAGUGUUGCGAUUUAGCUACCAAGCAUCGGGAAGUUGUAGUAGUGAGCGAAGUUAG